AUGUUGGGCUUCCAACCUUCUGCGARCUUGAGUUCCGUCAUUUCGCACGGCGAAUUUGAGCUCAUAAAAGAUGAAAUAUUUUCUUUGAAAGUGUCUAUCAAGGCAAUUUUUCUCGCUGGAGAAUYCAGGUCGAGCAAAGCAGAUUUGGGCCUUUCUAGAUUCUAUUCAAGCGAAAAAGUUGCCAAUUUUCGGCUGAGUAAAGGUUCCUCCAAGCGCUCGGUUCUUCUUUGUGUCUGGGGCAUAUUGAACGCGCUAAAAGACCUUUCUAAUGCCUCCUCAAAUAUCUCAAUGGCAACUGACAUUGCUACAUUGCUAAUUUAUCAAAUUGACAGCUUUGUGGCUCUCAUAGAAAGCUCGAGUGUGGUAAAUGCUCCAGCCUUGGUGCUUGAAAUGCUGCUUUUGUUUGCAAAGCUUGGAUCGACUCUUUUUUUUUUGGCAGAUGUUCUGCAGCUCAGUUGCAUAGAAUCUUUUGCGUUCAAAUUUUUCAAAACCUUGUUACUUCGGCUUUCCCCCAUAUGGUUGAAAGGCAACCAGAAAUGGACAGGCAAUUAUCUGCACCACUCUUACGUGUCCAUUUUCAAGUCGCUUGACAAAAUUUUUUGGGGCCUGUCGAUAGGCAUUGUUCUUUUGUUAAACUUGGAUUUCCAAGAGCUUCUUCAAAUUUGGCUGGAGCGUUCGCUGAAAACAGAUAUGUGGAGACCAUCAAAUUACCUAGCCAAGGAGAUUGAUUUCCAGGAAAUAGGGAUUUCCUCGCCACUAGAGUGCAUCUAUCUGUGGCUAUCAAUCGCACCAAAGAUGUUCAUGAACACGCUGUUGUCAUCCUCGAUCUGGGAAAAUCGGUUUAAACAGGCCGUUUUGCUCAACGACGAAAUUGCGAUCAAAUACACCUUGGAGGAUGUCAUUUGGAAUCCGUUUAUAUAUGUAUCUAUCUCAUGGUCGCUCGCCAUUUCAAAACAGCAGCAUUCAUAUUGGACUGACGGUGGAGGCUCUUAUUUCCUGCAGCAUUUGUAUGCUCUCUUUGCAAAACUUGACGGCAACAAUGGGUCCAAAUUUUCGUUGUGUUGGCAACUUUUGCUUGCAAAUUCGCUCAAAUUGAUCUCCAUAGUUGGGGCCUUUCCAAAUGAUUUGUUUUUUUGGUUUUUUGAAAUCCAUGCACAUAGGAUAAGAAAAAGAGAAACGAACUGCCUAGAAUUUGAAAUGGAGGAUUCGCAAUUUCUUUCUCUUUUACGAAUUCACUUUUCUAAUAUUGACUUGGCAGCUCAACCCCACUCUCUGAUUACGAAAAUGCUUCUACUGCUUCCCCGGUCAAAGUUCACAGGCCUUGAUACAGAUUUAUCUGAAAAAAAGGCUGUCUUUUGGCUGAAUGUAAUUAACCUUCUUGGGAGGAAGUGCAUUUUUUCGCAAAAGGAUGGAAACGGACUGUCCGAUUCAAUUGUAUAUUCCAUUCAUCAUUCGUUCUGCAGGCUUUUUUUGCCUUGCAAAACCGAAUUUUGCUUUCAGGUUUUAGCGGACCUUUCUCAAUCAUCCUCACUUGAUGCUGGGUGUAUAAAGCAGUUUUUUGAUUGCCAAAAUGCUAGUAGACGAAGCUUAUUCAUAAAUACAGCCUUAGAACAGUUGGUAUACUUUUAUGAGCAACUUAAAGCGAUGCCACUUGUUUCUUCAAAAGAGCAGAUCACUCAUGCUUUUUUCAAGCCAAGCGAAAAAUGUGCCGAGCAAACUCUGCUAAGGUCAAAAUAUUGUCGCUUCUUUUACGUAUUUUUUGAUGCUCUCUGCAGGUGGGAGUUUCCAACGCUAAGCCUUGUUUUGUCGAAUUUAGACGUUUUCAUGGGCGUUAUAGAGCUUUUGUUCAAGUGUGACAAAAAAAGCUAUCUAAUGGCAAUCAAGGGCGUGGGUACCCUUUUUACCCGUGUUCUUUCCUUUUUCCCAGACUAUGUUUGUUGGGAGCCCAUGGAACUACCUUUUGACCUCUCCAAACAGGCGCCAUUUGUUGCGAUAGCCAUGAAACUAUUCUGCGAGUCUCGGUCCUCCAUAUCGGUUUCUUUUUUUUGCAUUUAUUUUAGAAAGCUUGCGCCUCGAUCAGCAACUUUGUCACGAACAGACUCGGUGAAGGCCCUUUAA